ACUAACCUCAGUCAAUACCUCACACAAGUUUGCGUCUCACUCCAGUUCAACUUCUCCAAGUGCGAAAAUCUCUCAUUUUUUCCAUAAAAGAAACCAUUCCAAAAUACUAAUUAUAAUGUUGCACAGAUAUGUGAUUUUUCAUGUGCCUCUUUGUCGUGUUGGGUUAUAAACACUUUGUUCUGCGGACUCACAGACGGAGUUUGUCGGGUGUACAAGACUCACCAUGGGUGGCAGUAGAACAGCAGUGGAGCACUGCCAGCCCACCAGACAAAGAACCUAACACAGUCCUGAAGAUAUCCGUUCUGGUCAGGCUGCUGGCUAUGUCAUCCUACAGGACACCAUUGCAGCCCCAAUUUAGGACCUCCAUGGAGUCUCCUGAGCCUUUAACCAGGCGAGACAUCAUGGACAUCAACACUUCUCAACUUGAGAUGGACCUGGAGUCCAUUCGCGUAAGACGUGCUCAUCUCAAAGCUCUCACUGCCUCUGUCAGACUUCCUCCUCUCAUUCCGCCUGACGAGGCUGAAAGUCGCCCAUCUUCAAGGUACCACCAUGACUCAACCAGAAGUAUAUCAUCUGGAGAGAGAUAUAUGUUUACACCGACAGAAGUCAGAACAAAAACGAACCUCAAAGAUCCCAGUAACAUCCGCCAGGACGCGGUCUGCCAACAUUAAACUGCCCAAACUCACCGUCUGCCCAAUGGCAAGGUCACAUCACAUCCCGCUGCCGGAAAUUGGCCACAUCAGGAAGAUGGAGGAGGAAGCCUCUUCCAUGGAACGUACAAACACAGAUUCGUCAUCUCCAGCAACCAACGAGAACGUUCAGCUAGUCAGUACAAAACCUGAAGACGUCUCACAAAAGAGCAAGAAAUUACAGUUGAAAGACGUUCGGAAGGUAGCUACUCCAGCAUCAGGCAAGAGGAAAACGCCCAUCUCAUCAUCCCCGGGGGUAGGACCACAAGUGGCAGCUGCUAAAUGUUCGUGUAGCUCAAGACAGAAGACACCCAAGAAUCAGCCAGAAACGAGAAACACAGCUGUGGCAGAGAUCGCAGAUAAGAGUGAGAUGAGGAGAUUAAAGGUAACAGAAGACAUCAAAGAAGAUAUAACUAAGACGGUGUCGGAUAUGAGCAGCAAAGAUCUAACAACUAGGCUGCAGGCAACGACGAAGGCAAGACGAAUGCUUUCCAUGGAGACUGAUCCACCUAUAGAUGAGUUUCUAGCAGUAGAUGUGCUGACUCCUGCCAUGAACAACUUGCAGCAUGAGAAUUCUACUCUGGUGUACGAGACAGUAUGGAUCAUCACCAACAUAUCAUCAGGCAGCAGCUUACAAACACAUACUGUUGUGGAACGAGGCUUUAUCGGCCCGCUGGUGGGGCUCCUGACGACAAACAACAACGAGGUGCGGGAACAAGCCACCUGGGCGCUGGGUAACAUUAUGGGAGACGGAGCGGAGUUCAGGAACAUGGUUGUGGCUGCUGGAGUUAUCAAGCCCUUGCUGUCGCUCCUCGAUCAGGGUUUACCGAUCUCCUUCGUCCGCAACAUAUCAUGGCUGCUGUCCAACCUCUUGAGAUACAAGCCCUUGCAGAUGUCUGAGGAGGAACACACGUUUAUUCUCAAGGCUCUUAAGGAACACCUUCUUAUCCACAAUGAUAGUGAAGUGUGUGUGGACGCUCUGUGGGCUGUCAGUUACUACGCUGACAUGGACAACACGCACAUCCAACAGGUGGUGGAAGCUGGUAUCAUCCCUCUGCUGAUGCUGCAUCUUAACUCAGAUAACCGUCUGAUAGUUCAGCCAGCUAUCAGGACAAUUGGCAUCAUGACCAGUGGCACAGAUGUUCAGACUGAUGUAGUGCUAGAAGCUGGGAUCCUAGCAGAGUACUCUCGGCUGCUGACUAAGGAGUUGGGUGUCAGGAAGGAGAUAGCCUGGGGCGUCUCCAACAUCCUAGCUGGUACACGCAGCCAGAUACAGAGUGUUGUUAAAUCAGGGAUCAUACAAGAACUCAUCAAAGCCGCUCAGAAGGAUGAGAUCUCCGUGAAGAAGGAAGUGAUCUGGGCUCUCUCUAACAUGACUCAGGGAGGUACUCAGGCACACAUUGAGGCGGUGGUGGGUGUGGGAGGGCUCCAGCUCCUGGUCGACUCUCUCUUAACAGAUAACGUCAAUAUCGUUCUUGUGGCUGCCGAAGGGAUCAAGAACAUGCUGGAGAAAUUUGAUAAUGUGGAGAAGAUCAAGGCCAUGAUAGAGGAGUAUGGUGGUGUGGACUAUAUGGAAACCAACCUUCAGCACGUUAAUGACGAAGUCGGCUUCAAAAUGAAUGACAUUUUAAACACUUACUUCCCGGACCCAUCCUUUACUUUUCCAACUCAGAUGAAAAAAGAUUUCUAUGAGAACACGGACAUCAACCAGAGCUUGUCGAGAAAAGCUACGAAAUAUGUGGCCGAAUUAGUUUCUCCCUGAAAGCUGUCGUUUAAUAAAAUAAUAAUAGUUUACCCUAUUUUUUUUUUUGUAAUAGUUAUCCUUGAAAUAAUAAUAACACCAACGACUUAGAAUUGUUCUGUUAGUGAUUUUAAAAUAUCAUUAUGAAGUAUGAAUGUGAUAUAUAUGUAUAUUUUUGAAAAUUUGUAUUGAUUGCUGGUUAAAUUAUAUUCUCUGCUGUACAUUAUUUUGAGUGUGUAACCGUUCAAUAAAACU